AUGACAAUCCAGACCACAGAGAUGCAAACGGCAUUCGUUACCGACCACAAAACAACCACUCAACACACUUUACAAAUGGUCACCAAAACCGUCAAGGAAGCAGGAACGACUACAGUGACUUCGACGGAAGUGGGUUGCAGUACGGUGACGAAAACGACAACGAGUAUGUCGCUAACAACAACGAUAAACUGGGUUUCCGCUACCAAGUCUUCUGAAACUGCUCCUCCACCUCCACUCCCAUCAUCCUCAGAUUGUGGAAGUGCAAGUUGCACAGUCACAACCACAAAAGCCACCGACAUCGACAUGCCCACCACCACCACUCCCGCCGCCAAACCCGCCAAAAUCUCCGGCCACGAUAUCGUCCAAGCAGUCCCCGAACGAGAAAUGAACAAGAUUUUCGAAAAGACAACAAGAAAGGAAUAG